AUGGAGUUAUUAACUAUACCUAAUGGAGUUGGAUCAGGCGAUAUGCCUGCUGAUGGGGACGGCAGCAUCAGCGACGACCUCGAGGAUUGGGAAGACGGUAGUGACGGGGAUUGCGAUGAUGAGGAGAAAAGAAACGUCGACGUAGGCGUCGGUGACGGCGGUGACGACGUUGAUAAAGAAGAGGACGAUAGUGAUGAUGUUGUCGAUGACGACGACGAAGACGGUGACGACGGUGACGACGAUGACGACGACGGUGACGACGAUGAAGAAGAUAACGACGAUGAAGGGAAUGAUGAUGGAGAUGAUGAUGAUGGAGAUGAUGAUGAUGGGGAUGAGGAAGACGACAGAAAUGCUGAUGACGGUGACAACAGAGCGGACAUUGCUGGAUAUUAUGAAAAAUUUAUGUUCUUAAAUUAUAUAACAGCGUAUAGUGUAUCACGACCACACAAUCACAACCUAAAAGACAUUCAGUUCGAAACAAUUUUUUAA